AUGGCUUCUCAGCGCAUUUUCCAGCUCGGCCUGCGACGCGCAGCUGCGCCAGGCCUGAGGGUGCAGCCUGCAGGACGCAUGGUUCAGCGGAGACUCGCAGCGACCGAACAUGCUUCCCAGUCUCAAGCUGCUGAGAUCCUGGCCAAGCAGCGCAUCAACCGUCCAGUCUCGCCCCACCUUGCCAUCUACAGGCCCCAAAUCACCUGGAUUGCCUCAGGGCUCAACCGUAUCACUGGUCUCACCCUGUCUGGCUCUCUUUACCUCUUCGGAAUCGCAUACCUCAUUGCGCCCUACACUGGAUGGCACCUCGAAACACAGUCAAUGGUCGCGGCCGUUGCUGCUUGGCCCGCCGUGGUCAAGGCUGGUGUUAAGACUUUCUUCGCACUCCCCUUCUUCUUCCAUUGCCUCAAUGGUGUCAGGCAUUUGGCUUGGGAUAUGGGUGUUGGCUUCAAGAACCAGCAGGUCAUCCGUACCGGCUGGGGUGUUGUUGGAUUGACAGCCGUCUCGACCCUUUACUAUGCUUUCCUGGCAUAA